AUGAUUAGCAAAGACUGCAAGCAAUCGAAACCGAUCCACUGCUACGUUUCCUCUCUAUCCCAUUUCUAAAUUGAGGGGCGAAAUUCAGAGGGGAAAGGAAGAACAAGGAGAAGGAGAAGCCCUAAUUCAUCGAAUCCUGUUAAUUUUAUCUGAAAAUCGAGAUCGAUCUGAUCGACACUCAGAUUGAAUUGUUUGUGGAUUUGAAUAAUUCUGCAUGAUUUGGGGGUGAGUAGAAGGAGUCAGGGAACAAAAUAGGAUUGGAAAAAAAGAGCAGGCGAUUGCUGAAACAUGUCUGCCAUAGUUUCUGGAAAGAGAACUUUCUUUGAGGAAUUGACUGCAACACAACCCGUCUCCAAGAGAAUCCGCUGCUCUUCUCGCUUCGCUUCCAAUUCGUUACCUUCCUUCUCCUCCUCCUCCUCCUCCUCCUCAUCAUCUUCUUCUUCUUCGCUGCCAUUGUCACCGUCACAAUCGUCGCAUCUGAUCGAGCAAUUAAUUGCUAUUUUCCCUGAGAUGGAUAAGCAGCUUCUGGAGAAAGCACUUGAAGAAUGCGGAAAUGACCUGGAUUCAGCAAUCAGAAGAUUGAAUGAACUUCGAUUAGGAUCUGCUGUUAGAAAUCUGGCUUCUAAUGCUGAUAAAUCUGUUGGGGCGGUGGAAGAAAAAGUUCAACUUGAAGCACAAGGUGGAACAAGUAAUGGAGAGGUUCCAGCUGCUAAGGAUCAGUCUGCUCCAGAAGUAUUCCAAUUGGAUGGUGCAGACUGGGUGGAGAUUUUUGUAAGAGAAAUGAUGAAUGCUUCUAACAUAGAUGAUGCAAGAGCUCGUGCUUCAAGAGCUCUAGAGGUUUUGGAGACGUCCAUCUGUGCACGUGCUGGUGCAGAGGCAGCACAAAAUUUUCAACAGGAAAAUACGAUACUGAAAGAACAAGUUGAAGCACUUAUCCAAGAAAAUAACAUUCUUAAGCGAGCUGUGUCUAUUCAGAAUGAGCGUCAGAAAGAGUAUGAAGAUCAGAACCAGGAACUGCAGCAUCUGAAGCAACUAUUGUCUCAGUACCAGGAGCAGUUGAGAACCCUUGAGGUAAACAACUAUGCAUUGACAAUGCACUUGAAGCAAGCCCGGCAAAGCAGCUCUAUCCCAGGCCGUUUCCACCCAGAUGUUUUCUAGUCAUUAUUUGAGUUGGCUUGGCAGAUGCUACUCUUCACUACGAAUAGACAAUCAAAAUUUAGCCAGAGUUUGAAUGUGUACUGUCAGUUGAUUUCUAUUGGUUUCUAUCACAUAGUGAUUGUUUCCUGAAGGGUAGGACGUAAUUGAAGAUUCAUUUUGCAAUUAUCAAAUACGUGUCUAGACCCGGCGAAAAAGAAAAAUACAUGUUUAGGAUUUCUUGUUCUUGAAUUAUUGUUAAUUUGUUGUAAUGAAUGUUGCAGGCUUUAUACCCCCAGAUAUGAGUGAACAAAUAUUGCUCUUGAUCCCCCUCUCCAAGUUAUUUUUCAAUCUCAUGGUGAUGGAGGUGGCUUUCUUUCCUGAAUACCUAACUGUGCCUUUGUUCUAUUACACUGUUGAGUGUUAACCACUUAUUUUUCUGUUUAUUGUUGGGAUAAUAAAAAUGUAUUCAAAUUAUGGCUUUUUUUGUGGCCUAUGGACUAAAAUACCUGCAAGUUG